AUGAAAAACCAAAGCUUCAUAACUGAAUUUGUCCUCCUGGGGCUUUCACAGAAUCCUACUGUUCAGAAAAUAGUAUUCAUUGUGUUUUUGUUGGUCUACAUUGCAACUGUUGGGGGCAACAUGCUGAUUGUAGUGACCAUCCUCUGUAGCCCUGCACUGCUGGGCUCCCCCAUGUACUUCUUCUUGGCUKUCCUGUCCUUCCUGGAUGCCUGCUUCUCCUCUGUCAUCACACCAAAAAUGAUUGCAGACUCCCUGUACAAGAGGAAAACCAUCUCCUAUACAGGAUGCAUGAUUCAACUUUUUGCUGAACACUUCUUUUCUGGGGCAGAGAUGAUUAUCCUCACAGUCAUGGCCUAUGACCGCUAUGUGGCCAUUUGCAAGCCCUUGCACUAUUCUUCCAUCAUGAACUGGAGGCUCUGUGGCAUUCUGGUGGGGGUGUCCUGGACAGGGGGCUUCUUGCAUGCCAUCAUACAGAUUCUCUUUACUUUCCAGCUACCCUUCUGUGGGCCUAAUGUCAUUGAUCAUUUCUUAUGUGACCUAUACCCAUUACUGAAGCUGGCCUGCACUGACACUCAUGUSCAAGGCCUUCUGGUGAUCGCCAACAGUGGACUAAUCUGCAUCAUCAACUUCUCCUUGCUGCUGGUCUCCUAUGGUAUCAUCUUGUUCUCCCUGAAAACAYACAGUUCUGAAGGGCGGAGGAAAGCUCUGUCCACCUGUGGAUCUCACAUUACUGUUGUGGUUUUGUUAUUUGUCCCAUGCAUAUUUAUAUAUGCAAGACCUCCUUCUGCUUUCUCUUUUGAUAAAGAAGUGGAAAUAUUUUACACCAUCCUGACUCCCUUACUCAAUCCUUUGGUGUAUACAUUGAGGAACAAAGAAGUGAAAACAGCCAUGAGGAGAUUAUGGAAUAGACUGUUGGUGGUUUUGCAGAAGAAAUGGUGUAUUGUAGUAUAA